AUGAUGGUUAAAAAAAUUAAUGAUGGAUGCAGAGGUUGUGUCAAGGAGAAUAUCUCAUGUGAUAGAAAGCGUCCUAACUGCCGCAAUUGUACAAGGCGCAAGGUCUCAUGUAAAUAUCCAAUUCAGCUGAAAUGGGGUGGGAGGCCUUAUAAAGACAAGAGCAAAUGUGUAAAUUUGCCAGCUGAUACCAUGCUUGUAGAAGGAGUCUUAGUUGCCAAGGAAAGAUUGAUACACAGGGAAGAUAAGAAAAAAAAAGUGAAAGACUUACUUCUUGUGAAGGAACCGCUAAACUUUAAAUACAAAGAGGCAAGGGAAGACGAGCCUCAAAAUGCUUCACAAGCAGUCGUUCAAAAAUCAACAGUUGACUCGUACUUGACUGUUGAAAGGUUUCUUGGCUCACCGAUGAGAAUUCGGACUUUAACCUUUAUGCCAAGCACUCUAAACAAACCAUUUCGUGACGCACGUUCAGAGUUAUUCCAGUUCUUUGUCGACAAAACUUCAUCAUUCUUCGUUGUGGCUCAUAGCGACCAAAAUUCCAAUCCCUUUGGCACGAUAAUCCCCCAAAUGGCAAGACAAUGUCCUACCCUCAUGAAUUUACUUAUUGCGUUUGCCGGCAAACAUAGGAAUAAACUUUACUCAGCGACGAAUAAUAUGAUAUAUUUAUCCUUGUAUGAGUUAUGCACUCAGGACACAAAUUACGACGAUCUCUCCAGGAAGCUUCUAGAGAAAAGUACUGGAGAACUAAUGCACAAAAUGAUGUCUCCGCAAGAGAGAUCUAGCGACUCUACACUUGCUGGGCUGUUGAUUCUGAUGGCAGUUGAGAUAUUUUUUGGUGAUCACAGAAGUAAAUGGAGGAGGCAUUUGCAAGCUGCCAGAAGAAUAGUCUUGGAGAAAUUGAAGAAUGAUUCUGAAGCUGCAGGGUAUCGACUUAUUUAUAGAGUUGAAAAUAAACCUCAUUGCUUCUUGAGUAGGUGGUUCAUAUAUCUCAAUGUUGUGAGCAUUCUAUCUUCCGCAGAUUUCGAGUUACAAUUAGAGACUCUUCCUUUGCUAGAGGUAGAGUUUCUCUUUCUUACCGAACAGCAACUCAUAAAGGCCAGAAGAGCACUUGAAGAUAUUGAAGCUACCAGUGGCAUGGAUCUCAUGGUACUUGCUUUUCUUGCUCGCGUCGCCCAUCUACUGCAUAAAGCAAAUAAUGAAGAUAUCGACACAGCUGAGAUCAUGAGAGGAGCGAUUGAGCUUGAUUUUGAGAUUGUUACUUAUUUAGAGGAGAGUGAGACUGCCAGGGACGCAUUAUUGCAAGAGCUUCGCGAAGAUCCAUCUCAAUCGAUUACUGAAGAGCGUUUCCGAACUUAUGAAAAACUGAGGCAUACAAAUCUGAUAUUUGGCUUGACUGGCUCCCUCGUACUACGAGGAAGACUUUUAUUUAUGCCACAUGACAGCAAGAUGAUUUGCAAUUUACUUUCAAGAACAACAAAGUUGCUAACAGAAUUGACAAACAGUGGUGCUCCCGCUGAGUCAUGUCUAUUUUUCUGCAUAUUCUGCUGUGGUUGCGAAUUGAUCAGUCCAACGAUGGCAGCAGCACGUCCAAUUUACCUCGAACAGUUGACUCUUUUACAGCAGAGAGGAAUGUCGAGUGCACUUCAAGCAAAAAUUAUCAUGGAAGAAUGCUGGAGUACAGAAAGACAUUGGUGGAAGCUCCUUAGAGAGAAUAAUCUCGAUUUCUGCUUUGCAAUAUGA